CUCUCCGUGCGACUUUUAGUAUAGUAUUUAUUACCCUCUUUCUCGCAAAAUUUCAACGCCGCCUUCUUUUAUCUUGAUCAACAAACCCCAAAGAAAAUAAAAAAGAAAAAAAAGUUCAAGCAAAUUAAAUGAAGAUCCAAUGCGACGUCUGUGAGAGAGACGAAGCCUCCGUAUUUUGCGUCGCCGACGAGGCCGCCCUUUGCCCCGCCUGCGACCACCUCGUCCACCACGCCAACAAGCUCGCCGGAAAACACCAGCGCUACUCCCUCCACCAGCCCUCCUCUAAACAAGCCCCUCUCUGUGACGUCUGCCAGGAUAGAAGGGCUUUUUUGUUUUGCCAGCAAGACAGGGCUGUUCUGUGCCGAGAGUGCGAUUUACAUAUACACAAAGCUAACGAACACACGCGAAAACACACCAGAUUUCUCCUCACCGGAGUGAAACUCUCUCCGGCCGCGGCCCUUUAUUCAAGCUCACAAUCUUCGUCGGAAUCACGGCCUCCGGAUGUUGUUCCUAGUAUCGACUCGGAAGAAAAAAUGGUCGGUACAACCUACUAUUCGAAAAGUACAACAGCUCAGAGCGCCGGUGUAGCUGCACCAGCACCACUGAAUAAUUUGGUUCCGGCGAGUGCCUUAUCGGAAUAUUUGGGGGAAAUGCUGCCUGGAUGGCGCGUUGAGGAUUUUCUUGAUUCCUCUGAUCAGUUCCCUUAUGGUUACUGUAAGAGUGGAGGCCAUGAUUUGAUGCCUUUGUGGGAUGCUGAUCUUGAGAACAACAUGAGUUCUUUUCCCACUGAAAAAUUGGGAUUUUGGGUCCCUCAAGCUGAUUGUCCAUUGAAUCAGAUGCAAAAUCAGUCUAUGGAUAUGGCCUUUCGGGCAUCAAAUGGAAACAAGGAAUUUACUGUUGAUAAGAAUAAUAAAGCUAGCAGGGAGUGGAGUGAGGACAGCUCUUUUGUGGUUCCACAGAUCACACCAUCUUUGAGUUCUUCCAAGAGAUUGAGAACCUCUUGAUAACAUGGUGAUUUGUUGCAUAUUUUGUAUUUUCUUGUUUUUUUCUUUAAAAAAAAAAGAAAAGUAAAAUGAUAUUCAAGUUUGUAAGGAGAAAAUUAUAAGAUGAGAAUCAAGCUACAAAUGGUUUGUGCUAUUCUCAAGAAUCUUUCUCUCUCUAAAAAGUCAGGAUGUUUUGUGAUUAUCUCUUAUUUAUUGGGCAAAGAACAAUAUCUUUUUGAAUAGUUUUGAUCUUCUUCUCAAUUUUUGGUCCAAGCUAAAAUCUUUUGGUGUUGUAAAUAUCAUCAUGUUGCAUCAAAUAGAUGUCUCCAUCAAGAAUGGAAGUGCGAUUUUCAUUUCAGAAUAGUGGAAAUCCGGGAGAUCACAAGACCUGAAACGAAUUCAAUAGCAAUUACUAUUUGAUUCUUUAUCCAAUGCUAUAUAUCAUAAUACACUCAAGAAAACAGUUGGUAUGUGAUUUUCAAGUACUAUGGAGGUUGAUGGUUGGAAAAAGCCCUCUCUUAUCUCAAUUACUCAAGUUGCUCUCUUGAGAAUUGUCCUCUUGUAAAAAUGCUGCAGAUCUUUAUGAUUAGAUAAGAAACACUCACUAACAAAUUUUGGAUGCAAGUGUUGUUCAGGUGUGGCUCAAAAAUCAUAUUUUUGGUGGGGGCAUUAGUCACAUUUUGUAUAGUCACUCUUGAACCUUCUUUCUUACAAUCAUGGAAAAGCCUUGUCAUUUUUAUUUAACAACUGCUAAAAGUGAUUUUCCUCGCA